CAGGAUGCUGAGAUCAGAGGGCGAAUUCCAACCUUGCUGCCUUGAUUGAGGACAUCAUUUGAUCAGAAUACUGUCACUUUAGUGCAUGUCGGCCUUGCUGGUAAAGGAGGAAUUGCUUUAUGAGCUCGUAUGCGCUUGUUAGCGUGAACAUUUCUGUCUUUUGAAUGAAUAUUGCCUGGCUAAAAGCAAACCUGCGCUGUGGACACAAAAGCUCUUACAUUGCGAGUUGAUGCAGUGCUUGCUGAGGAUCAGGGAGGCUGUGGGAGAUCCUUUCAAGUAAUUCGGCGAAUCCGAUGUCCAAAGAUAACCACUUCUCUCCCGGUCUGUCCGGUGCGUAAAAGCGGGCACGGUGUCUCUCCAAACUCCACUCUGAGAGCAUUUAUCGGAAUGAAAACGAAAAUAUGCUUUUUGCGAUUUUGCUGAAUUUGACAAGGGGAUUAUGUACACGCUGCUACCUGCUUACUUGCCUGCCUAUUUGGGUCACUUGCUUAGCUCCAACGCGUUUUUAUUAGGCUACAGAUUCCUGGCCUGUUGAAUUCAUCGUUAUCCUUCCUUCAUGUCGCAUUGGAAUAACUUAAUCUAUUAUGGAUUUGAUUUUCUUUACAAAGUCACCGUUUAGGCUCGGUUUAGACAUCCUAUAGACACUUUAGAGUGCAAUCGAACCUACGUAGAAGCGCAACACCAAGAGGGGAACAUGGACAGAAAUGCCCCAGACGGACCGUUGCUGGAUGACUUGAGCAAACUCACGGACGAGGAGCUCUCUAGACUCGGAAAAGAUGAGCUCAUCAGGAAGCUACGGAGAACGGAUAACGAGAAAAUGAAUUUAAUGGUGGAGCACGGGAACAUGAUGAAAGACGUGAACCGGAGACUACAGGUCCACCUUCACGAGAUCCGCAGCCUCAAGGAGAUCAACCAGAAGCUGCAGGACGACAACCACGAGCUCCGGGAGCUCUGCUGUUUCCUGGACGACGACAGGCAGAAGGGCAAGAAGCUGUCUCGGGAGUGGCAACACUUUGGCCGCUACACCGCAGGAUCGAUGUGGAAGGAUGUCGGGGUGUACCAUCAGAAGCUGAAGGAUCUGGAAGCCAACCAGGGCUCUGUGAUGCGGGAGAACCUGGAACUGAAGGAGAUCAUUCUGAUGUUGGAGGAGGAGAGGAACGGAGCCGGGUCACGGAGCUCUAUAGACUCCCAGUCCAGCCUGACCAACCUGAACGGGGGCACCAGAACCAUUAGGGACGUCGGGGACGGGAGUAGUACCUCCAGCACCGGCAGUGCCGGUAGUCCUGACCACAACCACAUACACAUGCCAGCCGAGGGGAAGAUAGCGUCCCUGCGGAGGUCUAUGGACGACCUGUCGCCGCUGUCAUACAUCCACAGGAGCAUCCCUAAUGAACUGCAUGGUAACUACAUCAGGCAAAUGGAGACCAAGGUCCUGGAGGAUGACAACAAGCAGCUUCUAUCACAGCAGUCUAAAAGUGGUGAUCUGAAGAGUCUGAGGAAGGGCUUCUACCACUCUGAGUCUCAGCUCUCACAGUACCAGCAAGACCCACUGCAGAAUGGCUCUGGUAGGUCCCCCAGUGAUGAGCCCCCCCCCCCAGCAGACUACCUCCCAGUGGGCCAGAAGCCAGAGGCUGUGGUCCAUGCCAUGAAGGUACUGGAGGUCCAUGAGAACCUGGAGAAGAAGAUCCCUGAAGACUACGACGAAGACCUCAGUGAGAAGGAGAAGGCCAUCGUCAGGGAGAUGUGUAAUGUGGUGUGGCGUAAACUAGGUGACGCUGCAGGAUCCAAGCCUUCCAUCCGCCAGCAUCUCUCUGGGAACCAGUUCAAAGGGCCCUUGUAGUCCUUAAGACCACAUUAACCAGCGCACAGCAGCACUCAGACGAGACAAACGGACAGACAGACAAAUGAACAACAACAACCAUCUCAAAUGAACAACAAGGGGCACAUCUCAAAUGACACCCUCCUAUUUUCUCAGCACUGUGUGACCGUGGCUAGAUGAUCCCCACAAACUCUAGCCUGAACCCAAACCUCUGUGCUUAGCCUCCCCUAACAUUGUCCCCUGGUGAAUAUAGGAAUGUAGGCUACACCUGACCUGGAUACUGGGUACAGUAAAUCUCAGUUUAGAUCGGACAAAAUAGGCUGCGCCGAUGAAGGGUUAAAAACAGCGGUUGGCAAUCCUAUAGCCUCUGACCACGUUGGCUCUCAUUUUCUGUUUAUUUCAAGACAAUUGUACAUGUUGAAUGACACACCGUUUGUCAAUACCAGGUAAUCUAGUGCCCACGGCCAACGUUGGUUAUGGGGUCAUCCUUAAAGAGAAGGAAGAGGAUAAACUGUCCCUUACAACCAGUCACUACACCUGAGCUACAGUACUUUACCUGACCCUCUGCCAUCUCCAACCAACGUCUGUUUUGGUGUUUGUAAAUGUUCACCUACCAAGUGUUCAAGACUGACAACCACUCCAGGACAAACCAUUCUACUAUUCUGAAGUCAAGGCCCUGAUAUGUUCUGUUCUUGACUUUACUUCCAUUACUUUUCCAUUCAACAGCCAACUGACUGGCAACUCCUUACAACAUAGAUGAGGACAAAUACUGUCAUUUCCUUCAGUGUAGAAUCACAAGCCAUAGGUUUAUACAACGUGAAACCUAGCUGCUGUAGGAUGCUGUUUAAUAAUGUAGUCCUCUUUUGUCUGAGAGAAGUAUGUGUACAAAUGUAGAUGGAAAUCCUUUCAAAGUGUUAAACUAAAUUCUAGCACUAAAGUAGGUUAUGUUUAACAAAAUGUAGUGCUAUUUUUUUGACCUGUUUUUGGUGUUCAUGUUUGUUUGUGCUUCAAAUGGCAUCCUAUUCUUUAUACCAACACUAUAUAGGGAAAAGGGUGACAUUUGGUAUGCACACUUUAUAACUAAGUACAGAAAGUGGCACACCGAGUGCAGUUUCAUAAAUGUAAUCCCAAGGCAGAAAGCUUAUAGCCUGGGGGCCAGCCUGCUUAGCCACUCCUGAAAACUCCUGAUAGAACUGUCAUGACAAACAUGACUACAAUGACAGCAAUGGAGUUGGUAAAAGCAAACAGUUCUGGGACCAGACUAGAAGGCUGUCAUACUAUUAACUGAAACAUGAACUCAAGGGAAGGUUACGGUUCAUGCCAGAAAGUCAGACUCUUGCUAGAUGGAAGUCGGACUUUUCACUUACAAAUCUGCAGAUCUUAUAUAUGACAAUCGUUGAAACGGUUUGAAAACAACUUAUUUUGACCAGUCCUAAGUAUUCUCUAUGAGCUCUUGCCCAUUCAACCUCUGAAUGGCACACAUACACAAUCCAUGUCUCAAUUGUCUCAAGGCUUAUCCUUCUUUAACCUGUCUCCUCCCCUUCAUCUACACUGAUUGAAGUGGAUUUAACAAGUGACAUCAAUUAGGGAUCAUAACUUUCACCUGGAUUCACCUGGUUAGUCUAUGUCAUGGAAAGAGCAGGUGUUCUUAAUGUUUUGUUCACUCAAUGCAUGUAUACUGAGUUCUCGGAGCUGGAUCCUAUGUAUACUUUAUAAGGUGUCUUAGCUGGCUCCUGUACAUUAUGACAUGUGUUAGGCCUGUGUAUGCUGUAUGAAGUCUCAUAGAUUAUCACUGUACAAUCAGUGAGUCUAGCAAUCCUUGGCAAGUCUCAUACAAUUCUUAUGUAUGUUCAAUGAAGUCUCAUAGAUGAUCACUGUGCGUGUUUAAGUCUCCUAGGGUCCCUAUGUAUGCUGUAUGAAGUGUCAUAGAUGAUCACUGUGCAUGAUUAAGUCUCCUAGGGUCCCUAUGUAUGCUGUAUGAAGUCUCAUAGAUGAUCACUGUGCGUAAUUAAGUCUCCUAGGAUCCCUAUGUAUGCUGUAUGAAGUCUCAUAGAUGAUCACUGUGCAUAAUUAAGUCUCCUAGGAUCCCUAUGUAUGCUGUAUGAAGUCUCAUAGAUGAUCACUGUGUGUAAUUAAGUAUCCUAAGGUCCCUAUGUAUACUGUAUGAAGUCUCAUAGAUGUCAUCUCUAUGUGAGGUCUUCCAGCGGGACUUCAGUGUACAAUACACUAUGUAGCUAAAUGAAGCUUCAUAGCUGUGUUCUAUACUCUACGGUGGCUCCUAGCCGAUUUCUGUGUAUUUGAGUCAUCUCAGUAUUGUACGGGGUCUUUUAGGUGACAUUACCUAUAUAACACCGUCAUAAGACUGACAUAAGACGUCAUUAAGAGUUUUAACAGACAGAUGUCAUUAAGAGUAAUAACAUCUAUGUAUAUCCUAAUCUCUUCUUUAUAGGGAGUUGUACAAUGCAUGUACAAUGAAUGAAGUGUCAUAGCUGUGCUGAGUUCUAUGUACAUGCAUAUGUUAGGCCAGUGAAUACUGUUUAUGAGCACUCAGAGUCUAUAUAGUGUAGGAGUAAUAUUGGCUAGGUUGAGUUCUGAAUAGGCAGUUACAAACUGUGUUAAAAUAAACUUGCUGUAUUCUC